AUGGGCGAACCCAAGGUCACAACCGAUGGCUGCACGAAUUCCGGCGAAUCGUCGAAGUUAUCGCCGAAGCUUUUGGUUGCCGGUGAUCGGAAAUUACUUAAGGUGGAACUACGGCAAGGAGAGACGGCGCAUAUCUCAUGGAAGAAGCUUAUGAAAGAGGCUAGCAAAGGGAUUGUCUCCUCCGCCGCGGCUCACGAACCGCCUCCUAAUGCUAACCCUAAUCUCGAGUCUCGUAUUGCACCGGGGCCGCCAGCUGAAGGUGAAGCGGCUGACCAACCUCAUUCUAAUCGUUUUAACGCAGUUAUAGAGAAGAUCGAGAGGCUCUACAUGGGGAAGGAUAGUAGUGAUGGGGAAGACUUAGAUGGUUCUCCCGACGAUGAUGAGUAUGACACUGAAGAUUCAUUUAUCGAUGACGCUGAAUUGGAUGCGUAUUUUGAAGUUGAUAAUUCGGCAAUUAAACAUGAUGGAUAUUUUGUCAAUAGAGGAAAAUUAGAACGGAUUGAACCAUCAACAACAUUGAAUCAGCAACCAAAGAAAAGGCAUAGGAAGGAGUCAGCAAAACCUUGCGGCGAUGUUGUUGAUGUAUCCAGGAAACAAUCCAAGAUGGCUAAGACGGCUGGGGGAAAGGAUCAGUCAGCUGCUUCUGGGCCCUCUCCGAAGAAAAAUUUCAGUGAUUCAAAGGCAGCGCAGGAUUCAAAGGCAGUGCCGGAUUCAUUUCCCCUUUCCAAAGCGCAAAAUGGCAAUGACUCCUUAUUUUUGGAAAAUGUGAAGCAUACUGAUAAGGCAAAUCAUCAGCCAAGGACUGCCACAAGUCCGAAGUCAAAGGGUGCUGGACCUUCUGCCAAUCUUAAUCCGAAGUGUAGCAACAAAGUUGCUCAUCAGCAAUCUAAUUCCCUGCCAGGAAAAUCUCAGCCAAAUGUUUCGGCAAAAUCAGCAGAAGUCCGUCACAAAGAAAAAAAUGGCACGCAUGACCUGGAAAAUGCAACUAAAAAAAGAGGUUCUAAUGUCAGGCCUAAAACCUCGACACUUGAGAAAGCCAUCAGGGAAUUGGAGAAGGUGGUCGCUGAAUCAAGGCCUCCUGUGGCCACUGAGAAUCAAGAUGCCGAUACCGCAUCCCAAGCAGUGAAGAGGAGAUUGCCAAGUGACGUAAAAUUGAAGCUUGCUAAAGUUGCUAGGAUUGGGCAGGGGAGCCAAGGGAAUAUAUCGGGAGAGUUAAUCAAUCGUCUCAUGAGCAUUGUCGGUCAUCUAAUACAGGUCCGAUCACUUAAGAGGAACUUGAAAAUCAUGAUGGAUUCCGGCGACUCUGCAAAUCGAGAAAAAGAUACUAGAUUUCAACGGAUUAAGAAUGAAGUUAUUGAGAUGUUGAAAACACAAGUUCCUUUGAUGGAUACUCAGGCAACCAAUCAAGAAGCUGGAACAUCAGACGAUUUUCAGGAUGUUGGUUCUGUUGAAAAGCCACCUUUGACGAAGAAGUUUGUCAUGAAUACGGCACUGGAGGACAAACUGUGUGAUCUAUAUGACAUCUUUAUUGAUGGAUUGGAUGAAGACUCAGGUUCACAAGUCAGAAAGCUUUACGCAAGUCUAGCUGAACUCUGGCCAAAUAAGUUAAUGGACAAUCAUGAGAUCAAGCGUGCCAUUUGCCGGGCGAAAGAAAGGCGGAGAGCAUUGCAUCCGAACAUUGGAAAGGAGAUGGAUCAAACGAAGAUGACAAAGAAGAAACAUACACAAUGUGUACCAAAAUCAGAGCCCGCCGACAACGAUACAGCUGUUGGAGAUAAAACAAGUGUUGUCCCAAGCGCAACCACCACGUCCUUAGUCCACAGUCAACCUACAGCAGACCCUCCCCGUGAUAGGUCGAAGCAGCAACUCGAGAAACUAAAGGGAACCGCAAGCUCUAGCAACCCUUCAACAGAAGCAAAGAAAGUCAGAAGAAAGACAGACGCAGGUCUAGAAGAAUCUCGCCUGCCUGCAGAGAAACAUCUCGUUCUGGCUCUGAGGCAACAGACACAGGCUCCUCCGGACCUGAACCUGACAAGUUAA